GCUCGUCCUAUCUGCUCGACUGACUCUCAGCAGCAGUCUCCCCUCUUGCCCUCUCUCAGACCACAUCUCUCUCUGUUUCCACCUACGUGCUAGAAUCCCAGUUAUCAUGUCGACCAGAGCUGUGAAGACCACCAGCUACUCCGUCAGAUCCUCCACCUCGUCGGGGAUGGGCGGGGGCGGAGGGUACAGCAGCCGCUCCUUCUCCGGGGGGCAUGGGGUCGGGGGAGCCAGGCAGAGCUACAGCGGCCGCAGCGCCUACGGCGGGGCUGGGGGCAUGGGCGUGGGGGGGUACAAGGUGGCUGGGGGAUACGUGGCAGGAGGGUCUGCUCAGAGAGGUGGCGGGGUGGAGUUUGGGUACAUGGGUGUGGGGGGUGGCAUGGGGAUGGGGGGUGGUAUGGGGAUGGGGGGUGGUAUGGGGAUGGGGGGUGGUAUGGGGAUGGGGAUGAUGAAUGGAGGCUGCCAGCCCCCCAUCACGGCUGUCACGGUCAACCAGAGCCUGCUGGCCCCCCUCAACCUGGAGAUCGACCCCUCCAUCCAGAUUGUCCGCACCCAGGAGAAGGAGCAGAUCAAGGGCCUCAACAACCGCUUUGCUUCCUUCAUCGAUAAGGUGCGCUUCCUGGAGCAGCAGAACAAGAUGCUGGAGACCAAGUGGAGCCUCCUGCAGGACCAGACCACCACACGCUCCAACAUUGAUGGCAUGUUCGAGGCCUACAUCGCCAACCUGCGCAGACAGCUCGACGGUCUGGGCAACGAGAAGAUGCGUCUGGAGUCCGAUCUGCACAACAUGAAGGGGCUUGUGGAGGAUUUCAAGUGCAAGUAUGAAGAUGAGAUCAACAAGCGCAACGAGUGCGAAAAUGACUUUGUUAUUUUUAAAAAGGACACAGAUGCAGCCUACCUGAACAAGGUGGAGCUGGAGGCGAAGCUUGACUGUUUGUCGGAUGAGAUCGAGUUCCUCAGGCAGAUCUAUGAAGCGGAGCUGCGUGAGCUGCAGGGCCAGAUCAAAGACACAUCGGUCGUGGUGGAGAUGGACAACAGCCGUAACCUGGACAUGGACUCCAUCGUGGCCGAGGUCCGCGCUCAGUAUGAAGACAUCGCCAACCGCAGCAGAGCCGAGGCCGAGUCCUGGUACCAUGCCAAGUAUGAGGAGAUGCAGAUGUCAGCUGGCAAGUAUGGAGAUGACCUGAAAAACACAAAGGCCGAAAUCUCAGAAAUGAACCGUAAGAUCAUGAGAUACCAGUCUGAAAUUGACCAAAUGAAGAAUCAGCGUGCUAACCUGGAAAGCCAGAUUGCCGAGGCAGAGGAGCGUGGUGAGCUGGCUGUGAAGGAUGCCAGACUCCGUGUCAGGGACCUGGAGGCUGCCCUCCAGAGAGCCAAGCAGGAUAUGGCCCGCCAGGUGCGCCAAUACCAGGAGCUGAUGAACGUCAAGCUGGCCCUGGACAUUGAAAUCGCCACCUACAGGAAGCUGCUGGAAGGAGAGGAGGAUAGACUGUCAACUGGAAUCAAGACCAUCAAUGUCUCCAAACAGAGUUCCUCAAACUACAAUUCCCACCCAAUGGAGAGCACCCGCACCGCAUCCUACGUCAGCUCUAGCUAUGGUGGAUUCAAAGCCAGCCCCCCCCAAUUAGUCCGCUGUAACUUUGAUGCAGUCAAAGUCAGCCCCCCCGAAAUAGUCAGCUGCACCUUUGAUGCAGUCAAAGUAACCCCCCCCGAAAUAGUCAGCAGUACCUUUGAUAACCACAAGGGGGAGUUGAAGAGUAGUGUGGAGAGCCACAACAGCGCCACCGUCAGCAGCAGCAGCACCACCACCGUCACCAAAACCACCAACGUUGUCAUCAAGACCCUGGAGGCCGAAGAGUCCGUGGGAGAGUUCGAGGCGCCUGAGAUAACACCUGACGUCGCAGAGGAGAAAGAACAGGAGGAAGAUGCGGAGGACGACGAGUGAAGUUGAUGACGGAUCUCGCUCAAGGCUUUUCUCUCUCCAUUCAGUUUCUGCACGCUUCUCCCGUCAUAGGUAGUUUGUUACAGGAGUUACUUGACUCCAGAAGGGCAAAGUUUCAGUGAGCCUCUGUCUGUGUUGAAUCACUGCCAUUCAUAAACGUGCCUUUUAGAUUCCGUAUCAAACCUCGUCCCCACCCUCCUACCCUCCCCCUUACCCUAAAAAAGAUUGUGGUGGUGGGAAGUUUAGUGAUGGGUUUCCUGGUGUUUGUUAUGAGGUUUUCCACUGUCAAUGUAGUCUCAUUCACUGUGGCGUACGUUUUCUGCUGUUUGUUUCUGCUGUAGCACCAACACAGACAAAACAUCAACACAAAUGAUUUGGAGUCGUUCCAUUAUGCAGUAUCUCUGUAAUGACAUCGAUGAGUUCUACUGCACUUGAAAGGCUGAAAGCUGAAUGUCUGUGUAGUUCAUUCUCCAUGUGUGUCUCAAUUACAUCAAAAGAGCAUUUAUUGUCAAUGCUGUCAGUGACUUUUUUCAUCAAUAAAACUUAUUCAACA